AUGACAAAAACAAACCCAAUCACAGUACAAAUCCAACCCAUCGACUCUACAAUGACAGAUAAUGCCAUCCACGCUCUUUUUAAAAAAUACUCUCCUAUUUCAUGUGAUAAUCCACGAUAUGAAAAAGACACUCCAUUGAAUUUCUGUAAAAUCACAAUGGAAAAUGAGGAAGCAGUUAACACCCUUAUUAAAGAGAAGAACGAGACUGAGUGGGACGGAGUCAAGGUCAUCAUAUAUUUCGAUAAAACAGACCCAUCAAGAUCCACAGCAAACUUCUUAUAUAAAACACUGGACAAGAGUGAGGACGACGUCAAAAAGUAUUUGGAAAAGUAUGAAGUGAAGAGUGUCGAGAGAUUAAUUACAAAAGAGGGAACAUUGAUGCAUGGCUAUUUAAGCGUCGUUUUAAAAGACUUGGAUUCGGCAAUAAAAAUGAAAGAAAACUUCAAAAACAAUGAAAAAACAAAGAAAUACAAUUUCAAGUUUAUUACAAAAACAGGCGAACAUCUGAAGCAAUGUUUCAUAUGUGGAAAAUAUGGACACGAGAAAAAUGAUUGCCCUGAAAAGGGUAAACAAAUUCCAGUCAUAAAAACUCACAACAUGAAAAAAGCUGAAAAAAUAUUUCAGAAAAAACAAGAAAAACGUGUUGAAAGGGAAAAUAGAAGGAAUUUUUUCAAAAAUGAAUGGAGACGACAAAACCAAAACACAAAGGAGUGA